AUGUCUGACCUAUUCGUUGAACUCACGGCGCCAAACGGCCAGAAAUAUACGCAACCAAGAGGGCUGUUCAUCAACAACGAGUUUGUCAAGUCCAAGUCUGGCGAGACCAUCACUUCGAUAAAUCCUAGUGACGAGAGCGAGAUUGCCUCAGUUUACGCCGCAGGUCCAGAAGAUGUCGACCUUGCGGUUGCAGCAGCACGAAAAGCUUUCAAGAGUCCUGAAUGGCGAGACAUUGAUACCAAUGCUCGAGCGGAACUGCUCUACAAAUUCGCCCAGUUGAUCGAUGAGAACAAGGAGUUACUGGCGACCAUCGAGACGUGGGACAACGGCAAGCCAUACUCUGUCUCGCUGGCCGAUGACUUGCCCGAUAUCGUCAACACCAUCAAGUACUACGCAGGAUAUGCAAACAAGAUUCAUGGGCAGGUUAUCGAUACCUCCCCCCUCAAGCUAGCCUAUGUUGUGCGGGAACCGCUUGGUGUUUGCGGACAGAUCAUUCCGUGGAAUUAUCCUCUGUCUAUGGCAGGAUGGAAGCUAGGACCCGCACUAUGCACCGGCAACACGGUGGUGUUGAAGGCAGCAGAGCAGACGCCGCUCUCAAUCUUGUAUCUCGGCAACCUCGUGAAGGAAGCUGGAUUCCCACCAGGUGUAAUCAACUUCAUCAAUGGUGAGGGAAGAAAAGCUGGAGCAGCCCUUGCUUCUCAUCCCGACGUCGAUAAGAUUGCCUUUACCGGAUCAACAGCUACCGGGAAAGAGGUCAUGAAGAUGGCCGCUCUCAACAUGAAGAACAUUACCCUAGAAACGGGGGGAAAGUCACCGCUGGUGGUCUUUGAUGAUGCGGAUCUCGAUCAAGCUGUGAAGUGGUCGCAUCUUGGCAUCAUGUACAAUCAGGGUCAAGUCUGCAGCGCCACCUCCAGGGUGCUGGUACAGGAAGGCAUAUACGACAAGUUUGUUGCAGCAUUCAAAGACCAAGUAUCAACUGGCUCGGUGGUAGGAGAUCCCUUCAAAGACGACACGUACCAAGGCCCACAGGUCUCCAAGGCCCAGUUCGAGAGGGUGCUGUCGUAUAUUGAAUCUGGAAAAUCCGAGGGUGCUACGCUAGUAGCGGGAGGGGAGCCUCACAAGAAUGCCGGCGGGAAGGGCUUCUUCAUUUCGCCAACCAUCUUCACAAACGUGACCGACAGCAUGAAGAUCUACCGCGAGGAGGUCUUUGGUCCGUUUGUCGUCAUUAGUUCGUUCAAGACGGAGGAAGAGGCCGUCAGGCGCGCCAACGACACAACGUACGGAUUGGGAGCAGCAGUCUUCACAGAGAACAUUACAAAGGCCCAUCGUGUGGCUAGAGACAUCGAGGCGGGUAUGGUCUGGAUCAAUUCAAGCAACGACUGUGACAGUCGGAUUCCAUUUGGAGGCGUGAAGCAGAGCGGUAUUGGCAGGGAGCUGGGCGAGGCUGGGCUUGAAGCCUAUACCAACAGAAAGGCCAUUCACGUGAACCUCGGCAACAGACUCUAG